GAGCGUGUCGAUCUGCUUGCGUCUCGGCAUCGUGGAAAGUCGGGGUACUAUUGUGGCUACGGGCUGAACAUCAGUUUAUGGCUGCUACAGUUAUUUCAUCGUAUACGAUUCACUAACUGACGACAUGGAACCUCCAUCCACUCGGGUCUCUGGCAUGGAAAGUGCAAUCUGCUCCCUGGAUACUGCGCGGAUGUUGCUCAUGGCAGAAAGGUUGCGUGACCAACUUAAGUCCGGUGGCGUGGACCUUCAAGCUCCCUGCAGCGACGUCCUUGGAGCGACCAAGUGCUGGUUGAGGUUACACCUGCCUGCUGUGAACGAAGUCCUCUGGAAAGUCUGCAUGCAGGUUGUGGAACAUGCACCCGGCGCGUUGACACUCUCCCAUAUAGAGACCACCGAUCUUGACACGGUACGUGCGGACACAUCCUUCAUGGACGGCGCCAUCCUGUUGUACAUUUUGCUGGAGCGUCACGUGUGUAUCAAGCGACUUCUUCUGAGUACCAUGGCGUUUCCACUGUGGCACUUUCCAUCACUGCUAGGCAGCGCAAUGCGUGCCAACCGAGGUAUCAUAGAGGUUGAAGGACACCCUAACGACAAGGUUGUGCAUUGGCGGGAAAUGCGUCCAUAUAGAGCCCUGCCCUGCGCGCUUGGCAGUGGGUCGCAGCGGCUAAGUUGCUUAAAUGUCACGUCGCUCAAACUUGAUAACGUCGCAGCUGAGUGCAUCGCCAAUGGAAUAACGAAAAGCAACCUGCAGCGCCUGCACCUCUACAACGAAAUGUCGGCCACUGUUGCACGGAAACUGCUGUCUGCCGUCAGCUCCUGUCAUAGCCUCACCUCUCUCGAGUUCGCCGGUAGUAGGGAGUUCUCGCUAUCCAGCGCCAAAGCGCUCGCAACUGCCCUGAAGUGCAACAUGACGCUGCGGAAACUGCGCGUGAACUACAUGGCUGUUGACGUGCUCGGCAUCAUCCUCGCAUCGCUCAAGCACAAUCAAGCACUACAGGAGCUGUCGCUCGACUGUUCAGUUGACUUCUUGCGUUCUACAUUGUGGGACGGCCUUCAAGCGCUGCGGGAUAACAAGGUGCUCAAACGACUCGAAAUUACGGAUGCCCACUUUUCCAACAGCUGCGCAAUGGUUAUAGGCGAAGUUCUGAGGCAUAACAAUGCUCUCGAAGAGCUUUCGCUUUACAUGAACACGAUCAGCGAUCUUGGGGCACGAGCGUUGGCUAAGACCCUUCAGGAGAGCUCUUGCUUAAAGCGCCUCGACCUCUCCAACUGUAGACUGACCAGCAAUGUCGUGUCAAAGUUCGUAGAAACAGUUUCUCGAAAUCGCGCGGUUGAGCGCGUGCGCCUCGGAGACCUUGACAUUCCCGAAGACUGGACACCGACGGUUCCCCUAACGGAAAAUGUCUGCUCUCGCUUGCAGGUUCCGUGGAACACCUUAGCGCUUGAGCAGUGGUCGACGAGUUUACAGCGUGAGAGCUUCCGCUCCCCCAAAGCGUGUCUUGGUUGGACGAAAGAUGCUAAUUGCUCUGGCAUCGUGCAGUGGUUUUCCGCAGCUCGAGUUAGCACUGCAUCGCUCGUGGAACUGGUCAUCGAAUGUCCUCGCCCUGUGGAUGCCAAGAGCACCGAAGCGGUCGUCUCCUUUCUAGAAACAACACAAUCGCUCAAAAAGCUCAUCGUGCGUCCCAUCGAGCAGGACUAUGUCUUCUCAUCUGCGGUCUUGAACAGUCUAGUCCGUAAUAAAAGUAUCUGCGAGGCCGAAUUUCACCAGACUCUCCGCACUCCCCAGGACAUCAAGGCUCUGGAAGCGCUGCUGCUAGCCAACCGAACCUUACACCGCCUCAAGUUCAGCUACGAUAGUCUCCCCAGCAAGGCCCCUGCUAUACUGGCCCGUGCUCUGAAGGACAACUUCGUGUUCCUGACGCUGGAAUUCGAAUACCAGCAUGCGCACAACGACAUGUACCCAGUAGUGAAGGCCCUGAACAGGAACCGAUCACUUCUGAACAGAGCAGUCGAAUGCGUCUUGGACGCCGCUAGAGACGAGCGCUCGACGCGAGCUCUUCGUCUUUUCUCUCAAACCGAAUCACUUCUGGACGCUGUCAGCACGGCUUCGGGAACAGUGCGCGAGGAGUGCCGGUGUUUGGUGCUUGAGGCAGUGCGCCGUCUCGAUUGUCAGCAUUCGGAAUAGUCAGUAUAGGGAAGAUGAAGCUGUGUCUGAGGACACAACAAUAACGUAUAUAAAUGUUAGCCUCAUUAGACAGAAAUGACUGGGAUAACUUAAGACUAGCUGGAAAUCGCGAUAACUAUGAGUACUGUAUGUUCAUACAAGCUGACUGAAACCGCAGGUGGCGUGCGGGUUUAUAGUGUGAAUUCAUUAUUUAUUUAGUUCUAUCAAAACGCCCUAGCGGUCCCUCUUAUUGAGCAAAUAAAGCAUAAUAAACAGAAGGUACAUUGGAACAAGUGUUGCACCAAAAGUUACACAUCUAGCAAACAAGGCAUAUCUAUAAAUCAAUAAAGCUUGAAAAAGAAGCAUUAGAAUCUCGCGGGCUCGCUUUGCUGCAUGCUGAUGAAAUUGAUUAUUAUAAGUAACGUUAUUAGCAACUGAAAAUACAAAACCCUUCUUUCAAUAAUUGUGUCAAACUUGAAGAAUAACGAAGUGAGGGUCAAGCAAGAAAUAUCGCUAGACCAAGGUCGCUCACGUCCCUCAUCGCAAAGUCACUGACGCAGAGGGUUAGCGCGAGCCACACAUGCGGGUGAAUGGGACACCAUCAAGGCAGAUAAUACUGGCGAUCUUAAUCAUUGUGGCGUUGGCUGCGCUGAUUGACGCCUGAAGCUAACUAACCUCCGCAGGUGAACUGAAAUAUCUCUAGGGUAUCGCAUGUGUCUGUAUCGUGAUAUAAACAUUCACCGGAAGCACUGUAUAUGCAUGUAUACAGAUCACUUCGAAAGUGCUUGUUUCUGUCGCAAAGUACGGAACGUGAAAAAAGGGGACAUGGAAGAGGUAGCGGACCCCUUGAUGUUCCGUGCCUUGCGCUGGAAACGGCGUGUUAAGAAAACUAUACACAGCUGACGUUCCGGUGUUCGUUGAUAAUAGUAGGGAGAUUUAGAAAUGACGUACCCAAACUGCUUAGCUUGUAUUAAAGCCUAACUCCAUUGCACAGCCACCCCUAACUUCAAGCACGGCCGGGUAUGAAGGGCGACGCACCGCCGGGUGGUGUUUUGGAUCCCCUGUUUCUAAAACUCUAAUACUAAAUCCGCUGUGAGUACAUGAUACUGUGCCAAGUUGUAAUGGUCUAGGGAUCGAUUAGUGUGAGUAAACGUACAAUCGUAUGACUCGGCAAUGGGAUUCACAUUUUUUAGUCUUCCAAUAAGUUGGCACAUCACAAACCCGUCUGACGCACUAGAGAAAUUGCAACUUCAACAAUGCUCAAGCAUUCCAGUCUUAAAUUAUUAUUGUUAUAGAUGAACAGCUAUCUCGAUCUGGUACGUGUUUUGCAUUGUUAUAGUUUUUCUUCUUGCAUAAUUGAAAUUGUAAGGGGUAGUGCGGAGAUUUAGCUUCUCUGUGUAGCUGACAGCCUGUCACGAAAUGUUACUGGAUACGUGGACAUAAGCACUCGCAGUGACAUUACCAACUUAUGACAACUUCUACCAGAGGUGACACAGAGCUAAUUUGCAAUGAUCACCUAGGCAGGGACGAUCCAGGAAGCUUUAGUUUGACCCUAAACUCCUUACCUUUCGAGGUUUACUGUGUAACUUAAUCCAUGGACGACAUUACGGAUCAAUGUAUAGCGACAACCUUGCGGCCUCUUAUCGAAAUACAAUGGGAACGAUUUCUUGCUUUCUUGUCAGUGUUCACCACGAAGGAAACACCUAAUUGCGCUGCAACUAACGAGUACAUCAAUAUCAAACUGCACCAACAGGUAAAUUGAGCAUGUAAGUCGCUGAUCAGCUUUAGUCUCCCGUUAGACUGCAUCAUGACUUGUCGCUAUCAAAGUGCUCGCUGCCUUGUACUUCACCGGCAGUACAGUUAUUCGCCAACAGCUUACCGGCGAACUAAAGCUCUCUGAUUGCCCUUCUUGUCCGUGCUUAUGAAUACCGACGCUACGUGAGCAUUGUCAACAAGAUCUAUUAGACAUGAACGAUUGAUUACUGAUGUAGAAUAAGUAGAAUCAGCGGAAGGAGAAUGUUUCACAUGACACUGGCCUUGUAGUUUUCUACGCUGUUGGCUGGUACAAAGCGCUGACGUAAUGAUGAAUGUGCUUAACGUCCGUUAGGACACACCUUACUUGAGUUUCAGGACAACGCCAGAUCAGGAACGUGGAUUGUACACCACGCUGCUGUACCUGUCGGACUUCGCACAACAAAGGAACUGGACAUUGUUCGAAAUCUCGCUGCCUUCUUUUUGCCCGUGCUCUCCUAUCCAGGCCUUGAAGCUCCUGAUGUUCUGAAAUAAAGUUUUAUUUUCAU